UUGGAAAUGGCGGAGAGCAGAGACCACAGCGACAACUUGGGCUUGCAAAACGCGAGUGCGCCGUCAUUGAAACGCUAGGAAACCGCCCCGCGAGUGGUUUGCCUCCCCCCCCGGAGUGAAUGACGCUCCGCUUCUUGCCCGCGGGGGACACAACGGUCGUCGGACGCGGUGCAGGAAAAACGGGGGGAUUUUGUUUUGGUGAAGCGGCAGGUUUUGGAUUUUUUUUUUUUUAGCAAGGUGGGUUAGCUAGGCUAGGCUAAGCGUGCUAGCAGCUCGGCGUUAGCUCACCUCUCGCGUCGUGGUGGUGGUGGUGUGUUUUUUUUACCCACGCAGGCUUGUUUGUCAACAUUAGCCGACGCUCAAUUCGCCAGCGGAGCUCGGCUAACGCAGCAACUUUUUGCUCGGGCUUCCCGAUGUGACCUGCGCGUGUUGUUGACGCAGCGGCUGACCUCAACGUUGGACCCCCCCCCUCCCUCAAAAAAGAAAAUUAAGUCAAAACAUCUCUGGCCACCCUUGCUAGGUUAAGUUAAUCUGGUUAGCUGGGUUAGCUUAACUGACUGUGGCUAACUGUGUUGACGCUCGGGCUAAGCUGCUGUUUUUGCUAUUAUCGUCCAGUGUUGAUCGAUUAUCAGCGGACACCAAACGGACAACAACACAGGGGCCACCAGGCUUCUCCCUGCACCUGGGAUGGUGCUGUUUGACAGAGCGGCUGUGGAGCCAUAACCCUAACACCACCGCAGCUCUAUCAUCUCCACUCUGAAGCUUUCUCCCCCACCUCCUCCUCCCACCCUUUAAGCUUUGCUCAGCGCCGUGGACUAGGCCACCACAGAUACCACAUGACUCACCCACUGGAGCCCUAGAUCAAGUCAGUUGAAGCUGAAAAUGAGCGCAGUCGGGGAAAGCCCGCUGGACCCUGCCGCGCCAGAGUCGCGCAAGAGGAAGGGCUCACCAUGUGACACAUCAGGGCAAAGCCUGGAGAAGCGCAGACGGGAGCUGGAGUGCCGCUACAUCGAGGAGCUGGCCGAGCUGCUGUCGUCCAACAUGGGCGACAUUGCCAGUCUCAGUGCCAAGCCCGACAAGUGCCACAUCCUCAAGAGCACCGUGGACCAAAUCCAGCAGAUCAAACGGCGUGAGCAGGAGAAAGCAGCGCUUCUGUCUCCAGAUGACGAGGUACAGAAGAGCGACAUCUCCUCCAGUAGCCAGGGCCUGGUGGAGAAGGAGGCUCUGGGGCCCAUGCUGCUCGAGGCCCUCGACGGGUUCUUCUUUGUCGUCAACCGCGAGGGCCGCAUCAUCUUCGUCUCGGAGAACGUGACGAGUUACCUCGGCUACGCCCAGGAGGAGCUGAUGACCUCCAGCGUCUACAGCAUCCUCCACGUGGGAGACCACAACGAGUUCGUGCGGAAUCUGCUCCCGAAAAGCCUCGUGAACGGCGUGCCGUGGCCGCAGGAACCCAGCCGGAGGAGCAGCCACACCUUUAACUGUCGCAUGCUGAAGAGGCCGCCGGACGAGGCCGACACGGAGAACCUGGAGGCUCGACAGCAGUACGAGAUCAUGCAGUGUUUCACCGUCUCCCAGCCUCGCCCGGUGCAGGAGGAGCCAGACGACCUGCAGAGCUGCUUGAUCUGCAUCGCCUGUCGCAUACCUCGCUCGCAGGCGGUCAACAGUGAGUCUUUCAUCACCAAGCAGGACCCCACAGGGAAGAUCCUCUCCAUAGAAACCAGUGCGCUGCGAGCGUCGGGCCGGCCUGGCUGGGAGGACCUGGUCAGGAAGUGCAUCUACGCGUUCUUUCAGCAGCAGGGCAAAGAGCCCUCCCACGCCAAGAAGCUGCUGCACGAGGUGAUGACACAUGGCAGUGCCAUCAGCCCGCUGUACCAUUUCACACUAAGCGACGGCACCCAGCUCAGCGCUCAGACCCGCUGCAAGUUCUGGUGCCCCCCCAACCCUGACGUACAGCCUUUCAUUAUGGGCAUUCACACUAUUGACAGGGAACACAACACUGCUAGCUCUCAGGAAAACACUACACCGACCCUUGGCAGCCUUGCUCAAGCUCCUUCCCGCUCCCCGACUCUUCUUCCCGGCAGCAACUCAACCCAAGGUUCAGGCCUCAUCUCCUCAGGCCUUCACCCCAACAACAGCAACGCCUCCCCCCACGGACACAGCCAAGUCACGCCCACGGGCCACCUGACACCCAAUCGGACGUGUCCCCAGCAAGUCAAUAGCCCCUCCCCUUUGAGUAGCCCACUCACAGCCACCCCUACCUCUUUUAUGUCACCCAGGAUGACACGGGCCAGUCCUGGUUUAGGGGGAAGUCCUCGUGUACCGGGUAACCCCUUCUCUCCCUCCACGCCAGGCCUCCAUUCCCCGACCGGGGCGCUGAGCAGUGGAGGCAGCCUCAACCGGCAGCACUCUGGUGGUGACAGUGGCAGUAGUGCCGGCGGCGGGUUAAUGGGAACCUUCUCCCUGUCCUCUCCUGUCGCUCAGAGACGAGCCAGUACGCCCACCAGCACCUCAACGCGGCCUCCGUCUGCGAAAGCCCCGGUUGGAGUUGAAGGAGUGGGAGAAGACUCUGUUAAAGCCCCCCUUCCUUCUGCCUCACAGCUGGGCACGCCCAGACUCAGUCAGCUCCUGGACAGCAAUGGAACAGCAGCUGAAUCCAACAACCGCACCCACUGCACCUCAGCACCUCAUCCCCCGAAACCACCUCCCCUCCCGCAGUGCCCGGCCUCCCACAGUACUCUCACAGAACGACACAAGAUCCUCCACAGGCUGCUCCAGGACAGCAGUCCUAACGACUCGUCCGUCACUGCAGAGGAAGGAGGCAACAAGAACGACGUUGAGGUCAAGAGGGAGCCGCCCGCCAGUCCAGCAUUUACCACCGGAACUAAAUCCGGCACCAGAGAACCGCAAGACCACCAGUUACUCCGCUUUCUCCUGGACACAGACGAGAAGGACUUGGGAGACCUGCCUCCUCCGUCCGCCCUCAGUCUGCAGACGGUCCGGGUUAAGGUGGAGAAGAGAUCCAGCAUCGACGGAGUGCCGUGCACGGGACUGUUGUCCUCGCCUGUAGCAGCAGGCAGCACGUCCAAGCCCGUGGGAGUGUCGGGCAGCUCGGCGUGCAUCAGCCCCAAACCGAGUCCUGUCGCCGAGAGCCGCCGAGACAGUCGCAAGGACAGCAGAGACUCCACGAUGUCUGGUGGCCCCGUUGACGUGGACCCUCUCGCCCAGCUGCUGCCUGCACUGAGAGGCCCGAGUGGGGCCAAGCAAGGCAGCGAGGAUCCGACAACCCCUGGAGGAGGCCCCCAGCUCCAUUCUCCGGCCCCUCAGGUCCAGCUCCAGUCCCCCCUGUCCCAGCCCCAGUCCAUCCCCCAGUUGCAGUCACCGUCGCCGCAGCUCCGCUCUCCGUCGCCCCAGCUCAAACUGCAGUCACCCACCCAGCUCCAACUUGGCGAGGCCAGCACUCCCCGCAAUGUAAAUGUGAAGAGAGAGCCUCCCGGCACUCCCAAAAGAGGACUCAGCGAUGGAGGACCCCCCUCGGGCUGCAGUCUGCAGAGUCAGACGACCUUUGAUUUCUGCAGUCCCCCCACUCCAGGCCAGGCACAGGUCCAGGGACAAGGACAAGUACAGGGAGACCUCUUCCAGACCUCCAAAGACAGCAGCCCCUUUCCAGAGAUGGACAUCAUCAACCCAUUCGGCUCAAGCACUGGUUUAACCAAGUUGGACUUGGGUGACUCUCAGUUCCAGCCUCUGUCUCUGUCUCUGUCUGACACCUUGUCGUUCGAUGGUCUCGGAACGUCUUUGCAGGCUCCUUUGGCGUCGCCACAAGAGCAGUGUGUGCCCUGCUCGCUGGACGAAGUGCUCGGCCCUCUGACCACACCCGAAGGCCAGAGUGACGAGAAAGCGCUCAUCGAGCAGCUCGUGUCCUUCCUCAGCGGGACGGAUGAGAGCGAGCUGGCGGAGCUGGACAAGGCGCUGGGUAUCGACAAGCUGGUGCAGGGUGGCUGCUAUGACCCGUUGCCUCACACCUACCCUCCCCAGUUCGUGCCGGCUCCCCCAGCUCAGUUUCCGUCAGAGCUGGCCACGGUGGGGCCGCAGGGUCUGGGCUUCGGGGCCCCCACUCGGGGGGCUUUCCCCAUCGGAGCGGUGCCCAACAUGGGCUUGAGGCCGGGCACGACACGGCCGCAGGGGAUGAGCGCUCAGCUCAGGCUGCCGCCCAAUCAGCUGCGUCUGCAGCUGCAGCAGAGACUGCAGGGCCCACAGCAGAUCCAGAACAGACUGGCCGGCAUUAACCCGUUUCCCGCAGGAGUGCAGCACGUGAACAUGGCUGUUCGUCCGGGCGUCCAACAACCUCAGAUGCCCUCGCAACCUCCACUGAACGCCCAGAUGUUGGCACAGCGUCAGCGGGAACUCUACAGCAUCCAGCACCGCCAGCGUCAGCUUUUCCAGCAGAAAGUCCUGCUGAUGAGGCAGAACCUGGCAGCAGCAGCAGGAGGAGUAGCGCCGACUGGAACCGUGGGACCCGUCGGAACUGCCCGGGUCCCCAAAGGUCCGCCCACGACGCCUCAACAACAACAGCAGUCACCGCAGCAAGAACAGCAGCAGUUUAACUUCCCGGUAGGCUUCAACCCUCUGUCGGGAAACCCCCCUACCUCACCGAGUCACUUCAGCGCUCUGGACAACAAACUGUCAGGCAGAGUUCCUCUGAACAACCAGCCGCUCAUGAGCAGCGUGCAGGGACAGUUCAACAGCAACAGCAACAGCAGCAGCAGCAACAUCAACGCCUCACUGCAGCAGAGUCUGUUUCAGCAGUUUGGAGGCUCUGCCAUGGUCCAGCCAGACCCGUCCUUCCCUCCUGAGAUGAGCCCGACCAGCCCGUUAUUAUCACCUCAGAACCCAAACUCCCAGAGUCCUCUGCUUCAGCAAACCCCGCCCCCUGGCUACCAGUCACCAGACAUGAAGAGCUGGCAACAGACGAGCAUCGGCAGCAACAGCCUGUUCAGUCAGUCAGGACAGAGUGCAGGGCAGGCGUUUGGCCAGCAGGGGGUUUACAACAACAUGAGCAUCACCGUCUCCAUGGCCGGAGGCUCGGCCGGUGUCGGCUCUUUACCUCCCAUGGGGCCGGCGGUCGGCAUGAGCAACAGUAACCUCAGCAGCGUGGGGUCAGUGUGCAGCGACCAGCAGGUGCAGCAGGUUCAGGUGUUCGCCGACGUCCAGUGCACCGUCAACCUGGUGGGCAGUGACACGUACCUGAACCCGGGCCCCAUCGGCGGCGCGGCGGCGCAGAAGGGCCCCGUGCCGCAGGGCUCCCAGAACAACCAGGCGCAGCAGAAGAGCCUCCUCCAGCAGCUGCUCACAGAGUGACGCCUCCCGCCUGCUUCUGCUCUCCUUCUUACUCCCCCUCUACUUCUCACUUGGUCAGCGCACCAGACCCAUUGCUGUCUCUGUCUCGCCGUUGUUUUUGGAUGGAUGGACGUCUGGCUCGGAGCGGUGUGGCUGUGAGUGGAGCGACGCAGCCUAACCACUUCUGUGCAGAGGUGAGAGGGGGAUGGAGGGGGUUCAUUCAGCCCCCGUACUUUUUUUUAAACGGAAAGACUCGUGUGUCAGAAGGAGCAGCAGUGUAUUUGAACCUGCCUGUCUAAUCUGUCUGACAACCUGUCUGUCUGCCUCAGCCUAUUAAAGGCAGUGUUGUCUUGCUGCUCAUUCCUUGGUGACCUACUUCCUGCUUCCUGACCCAAGAAAAAAAAAAAAGAAAACAACAACAACUGCGACACCAUUGUAGAUUUUUUGCCAAGUUGUCGUCACUGUCAAAUCAGGGCUGGCCUAAGUUUUUUCAUUUCUUUUCUUUUGUUUUUCUCUUUUUAUCAGACGAUUUCAGUCUGUCGUUGUUGGGGGGUGGGGCAUCACAGCAGCAGCAGUGCAACUUGGGAGCAUAUAUAUGUAUAUAUGUAUACAUAUAUAUAUAUAUAUAUAUAUAUAUAUAUAUAUAUAUAUAUACAUAUAUACACACAUAUAUAUGAAAAGCUGCAUUCAGCGUUUAAAGUGUGGGAUUAUCCUACACAGCAGCACCUCUGGCUUUGUUAUUUGUUUUUUGUUGUUGUUUGUUUUCCUCUCACCUGUCUCUCAGCGAUGUGGGAAUGUUUAAAAAGGUUUUCAGACCUCUUUUGCGGCAUUGUGGGAUAGAAGCUCAGUAUCAGCUGGUUCUGUGACUGUCUCCGUCUAUCAGCGACAGUGCCUGGUCGAAGUCGGAGUUUUUUCUUCCCCAAGCUCUGCUUCUUCUACUUCUACUACUACUACUACUUCUUCUACAUAUUAUUCUAUUUACAUCUGUUUUUUUUAUUUUUAUUUGGUUGAAUUGUUUUAAAAAAAGAAAGAAAAAAAGGACAAAAAAAUACAACAUCUGCUCUCACCAUCAUCAUCAUCAUCAUCAUCAAGGACAACAACUUCAUCGUCUUCAUGAAACAAGCUUUGACAACAGCCGGAAUGGACAGGACGGAUGGACGUACGGACAGGACGGAUGUUGGACAUGUUGGAUGGGAGACAGACGUGGAUGCUGCUCAGUUUUUCGGAACUCUCUUUGUGUCUUCCUCCCGCCGGGGAGGAAGGAGGUUUUUAAUUUUUUUAUUAUUAUUAUUUUCAAAAUAUAAAGAAAGACUGUUAUGAUUAUUUAACUGUCUGUCCAUCACAUUUUUACUCCCUCCCUUCCCUUCCCUCCCUCACCUCCGCAGCUGUGAAUACAGAGCCUCAUCGGGCUCACUCUCUCUCUUUCUCUCUCUCCCUCUCUCUCAGCCUAUCAGUGUUGUUUGCCAUGUGCACCGUGCAGGCGGGGUAGUAUUGUACAGUAACAGAAGGACAAAGACUUUGUGGGGGGGGGAUGGUGAACUCACUCUUCUCUUCUCUUGUAACCGCUUUCCCCCUUUUUUUUUUUACGUGUUAUUAACUCAGAAACUUGCGUAUAAUGUGAUUCGAUCCAGGUUUGUUUUUAUUUGGCAUCAGGAUAUUGUAAAGUUGCUAAUGUGCAGAGGAGGAGGAGGAGGAAUGAAAGGUGUUUUGGGUUUUGUUUUGUUUUUUACAUCUUGGCAAAUGUGAAAAAAAAUAUAACUAUAUGAGAUCUCGCUUUACCCCGCCCCCGCCUUGCCCCGCCCCUACGUUGCGUUCAAGUUGCCACAUUUUGUGCAGGGUGGUUCACAGCGCUUCUGCUUUCCUCUUGUGGUAACCAGGGAGCUCGUCAGCCAUCUCCUCUCGCUCUUUCUCCUCUUUUGUUUCUAUUCUCAUGUUAAUGUACAAAACAAAAAGAACUUUUCAGACCGUACACAUGUUUGUAACCAUUGUAUAAAGUUAAAAAAAAGUAUAAUUAAUACCCUUAAACCGGUCCCAGAGAACGGGCGGGCAGGGGCGCUUUCGGAUUAUAAUGACAUUUAAGUAGACGCUUUAGUGAUAGCAGUUCCUAACAAAGAUGUGAUGGAUGAUUACGUUUUUUUACGCCGUCAUGAAUUUGAAACAAAACAAAACAGGAGAGGUGAGGGCGGGGCUGGGGCAGGGGGUGGAGUCACAGUAAAAAGAUUUUUUUUUUUUUUUAUGUAAAUGAGUUUUCUCCUCACCUCCUGCAAACAUGUUUUUUUUGUUUCUUUUCCACUUCUGGUUUCCUGAUGAAGACUUCACUCCACUGGCUACACACACACACAGUUUUCUGAUGACUACUGUUGCUCAGUCAGACACUGUCUCUCUCAGCAAUAACAGACCUCUGUUAACAAAAAACGUAAUUCCCCGCGUAUUAGAAGUGCUUCACGUCACCAGGACUUUCGAAAACAUUCAAAAAUAAUCUCCAGUGUUGUUAUCCUGAUAUCUGGCGCGUGUCCGAAACUUAAAUUGAAAGUUUAUUUCGGGCUCAGCCCCAACACCCAGACGUUUAACGCGUUAGAAUGCGUGAUCUUAUCUUUGACGUACGACUGAAACUGCAACUAACCGCUAUUGUCAUGUUUGGUCCAGUAAAUAUGGACUCGGACACCAAAACGAUUCAGUUUUAGUGAUUUCUUUUUUAUUUGGAGCCCACGAAACAGACAAAUAUUCACAUUCAAGAAGCUGUUAAAAAAGGCGGUUAAUCGAACAUCAUACUCAGUGGGUCUCAAAUUUGCGGCUCUUGGGCCACACGCGGCCCUCCAGUCGACUUCACGUGGCCCGCCACUUAUUUGUUAUUUUGUAAUUUAUUGAUACAUUUUAUCAAAACAAACACUUGUAUCUGGAAAUUCUGUGAGUUAUCGUCAUGAAUUACGAUAUCGAACAGUUUUUUUCCCCCCAACAACAUUGACUUUUCUCACUUGAGCGCCCCCUCCUGACCAGGUCAUGUGAGUUUGAGACUCUCCUGGUCACAUUCAGACAAAAUGAUGUCACUUCAACCCCCCGAAAAAUGCAAUUCUCAGCAACAACAGCAAUAUGCAGUUUUACGCUACUUCAGUGGCUUUUUCUUUACCGGUGCACUGUUGUUUUUGUUUGUUUUUGUUUUUUUAACCAUAAUUAUGCAACAUAACCCAGUUACAGUAUGCAAGGUCAACAUUCCACACACCAACUCCUCCAGUGUCGUACGACGACUCCAGAACCACUUUGUGUUCAGCUGGAUAUUAAAAAAAAAAACCUGUGCGUGGAUUUAUGUCGAAAAAAAAACAAAAAAAAAGACUUCUUCUGAGAUUAAAACACAUGGAUAAAUCCAUACAUCGACUGUUUUAACACCAGCAACUCAUUUUUAGUACUUAUCCCACUUCUUUCCCUUCAACCUCCGUUGGCGCUUUCUCCCUCGAGGUUUCCACAGUUUCUAUUUUGCGUUAUUGUUUUUGUUCGUCAUGUUGCGAGCGUCGGCCGUCAUUUACAGAGUUUCCAUCCAAAUGGUUCUGCCUUUUCAAAAAAGAAAUUUUAUCGGAUUAUUCGACUUAAGAAAUACAAAAUGAUGUCAUCAGUAAAAAGUCGCACAUUAUCCACGAAGGCGAUGACGUCGUAAGCCAUGACGUAGUCCAUUUAGAGCUAACAUCGCGGUGAUUAGCAUAAUAUACCUCCAGUAAGAUAGUUUGUGCGGAAUUUUUUCCUGAAACGUUUUGUAAAAGUCGUCAUGGCUAAUGCGAAAAAUCUGCAUUUUUGUCUGUCGCAUUUGCAGAGUUAUUUGCCGUUUUGCCGAUACUGAAAGUAUUUUUGAUUUUAAAAAGUGGAAAACUGAUGUAAGAUAUCACGCGCAAAUUUUCCUUUGCACGAGAUAAAAAAAAAUCACACUUUAACGGUACACUCGGAUGGAAGUGAAGGCACUUAUAGUUCCCAAACUACGGUGGCCCGGAAGUUCAAACCAUUAUAUCACGUUCCGUAAAAUACUAUUAUAGAUCACAAAACUAAUUAGCAAAAGCCACAAUUCUGAUGGAAAGCGGAACGUACAUUUUCCAAAAUAACAAAUUUACAAUCCCCGAAACAAAUGUCCCGGAUGCUGUUCCGCUAUAAACAAAAGAGGCUGGCUUUCAGCACUACUAUACGUCUCUUACUGUCAAAUUAAUAAAUAGAUAAAAAAAAAAGAAUUGACCGCUCACUUUAUCACGUCCGGGUCACUUGCAGCAUUUGAUACGUUCCCUUUUCCGUGAGGACGGUUUGUUUCACUUUUAUUUUGUAAUAUAUAAUUAUGGUUUUUGCGCUUCCAGGCCACCGUACCAAAACCCAGGAUGAGGAGGAGGAGGAGAAAUGGGACAAAUUGAUUCCUGAACUGUGAGGCUUUUUCAUUAUUAUUAUUAUUAUUAUUAUUAUUCUUUUCUUUUUAACGCCUGCACUUACAUUUUUAAAUAAAUAGAUAAAUUGAAGCACUUCAGUGUGGAAGCUCCCAAAAAUUGGAUUGUGUCUCCUGUGACGAAUACUGUUUUGGCCGCCGAUGUGAAUACAACUCGACAGCUGCACAAAGUGGGAAGAAUGUAUUCUGGAAGUUUCCGCCGUCGUCGUCUUCUUCUGUUAUUAUUGUUAUUAUUAUUUUUAUUAUCGCACUCUGCUUUCUCACACAGUAUUGAUACACACACACUUUUCUGCGUGGCAUAGGCAUUCCUAUGGAAACCGUUUUCCUCUACAAACUCUGUUAACUGCAGAAACCUCGACAGCAACUGUCACCUUAUCCUGCGACGACGACGACACAUGCCAAAUACGAUUAAUGCUUAUACUAUGUAACCUUUUUAUUAUUAUUAUUUUUUAUCCCCUCCCCUUUUCUCACUACAGUUACCAGGUACAAGGUUUUAGGCUCUUUUAUAAACGUUGGAUUUCAAGAUGUUAACAUAAUGUAUAUAACAGAGAAAUGUGAAUAUGUAUUUGUUUCAGAAUCAACAGAAAAUAAGUAAGUAAGUUAGCUCCGAGUUUGUUUUUAAAAAAAAGAAAAUAACUACUCGCCUCCGUCAUGUUUUUUUUAUUUUUUGAUUUUCUACUCUACUUUAUUUUUUUAUUUUUCCUGAUGUAUGUAUGUAUGUAUAUGACUAUCAGUGAGUGCUUAUGUAUGUGUGUGUAAUACUGUAUAUCUGGUGUUCUCUAAGAUGGAAACGUGGAAGAUGUCCUGGUUUGAUUCUUUUCUUCUUUCUACUCUUUAGACGCUGCACAGUACCUGUGGGUGUUUUCACAAAACUAUGCCAGAGAAUGGUUUUCCUUUUGGUUUUCUUAUUCUUCUUCUUCUUCUUUUUUUCUUUUUUUUUUAAGUGACUGCUGAAUGUGAUUUUACUGAGAGAGUAAAAGCAGUGUGGACUGGCUUUUUUGUACGGGUUAAUUUAAAAAAACAAAACAAAAAAAAUAUGACAGAAAAAAGGCCAUAUUAUUUAAUUUUCUCUGUUAAAAAUUUUAAGCAGAUCUGGUAGAGAGGGUGGAGCCUUGGUUUUAUGGAGAGGCCUGACGGUUAUUGUGUUUGAGUGGGCUUGUUUUUUUUUUUUUUUCCUAACUGUCUGACUGAUAUUUUUCAUUUUUAUUUUGUUGCAUUUGCCACUAGUAACGACCAAAGCUUCACGAGGUUUGACAGAUAUCAUAUGCAAACCUCCUCAUCAUCACUGGACAAGACAUAACGUAGCGAGCAGCCCUUUAUUCGUCCUUCCUACCUCCCUUUCUUCCUUCCUUAAUUUCUUCCUUCCUCGCACAGUUUUGCGUGGUUCCUCAUCUGACGUCCCAAAGUUAGGUCUGCGGCGCCGCUGCUCCGCCGGUUUUCAGCCUGAAGUGCUAUCAUUCGUUUACAGGAAUAAAAGUAAAAACAUCGCAACUGUUAGCUAUGCACCUUACCGAUCAAUAUAGCAUUUAUUGUCCUUUUCACAUGGAUGCAGAUUUAACACUGGAGCGACAUUAAUUUCAUAGGCAAAGUAUCGUCACACACAAAAAAAGACCCCACAAAGAUCCCACGUAGUCGGUGAAUUAAGUGUAGUUUAUUUAGUUGAUAUCUGACUGUUCUCCUCGUAUAAUCUCAUUAAAACACGUCUCUUGUUCCCGUGAACUAAGUUCUUUAUACCAAACUUGAGGUGCCUCGUGUGUAUAUAUACAUAUAUAUAUACAUAUAUGUAUAUAUAUACAUAUAUAUACUUUCUGCAGUAAAGUUUAACAGUAAUAACCUUGUUAACCAGGGUUUUUUUUUUAGUAAAAAAAAAAAAAGAAAAGAAAAACCUUUUUUCACCUUUUAUAAAAAAAAAAGUUUGCUGUAUUUUAAAUGACUUUUUUUACACACGUUAGAUUAAUCAAAAUUAUUCCAGGAAUUUUUGCAAAUACAAUCUAAUUUUGCACUUUAUAUGGAUUUUACUCGGAGCAAAAAAGAAGCCACAAUCAGAUCAGUGUUAGUAAACGUCCCCUGAAUGUACGUCAAGAAAACCGAGGUUAUUGUAGUUUCAUUUUAAAUUUCUCUCAGGUUCUUUUAUGAAGAACUCGACAGUCAGGGAUACCCAACAUUCAAAUGUAUAGACUUUUACCUUCUUUGUAUUGUAGUUCUCUCUCUCUGCCUCUUUCUCUCUUUUACCUACAGCAACCGAUCCUCAGUAUAAAACUAUGCCAGUCUUCUUCAGGUGACCCCGCCCCCCCCCCCCCCCCCCCCCCUCCCCCUGUCAGCUGAUACCAGGCGUACUGUUAAAAAAAGCUUAAAUCUCAGAACAUUCCUGCUCACAACACAGUCACAGCAACUGUCGGCGCUUCGCUCUGUCGCUGUGGACGCCGGAGCCACUCGGCGUUCACUUUCCUCUGCCGCAGUGUUUUUCCUCAAACCAAGGUUGGACACUCGCUUUCUUUUAGUACAAGUCUGGUUUGUGCGAGACUUAACCUCUGCUAUCUAGCAACAAUUGUGCACUGACAUUAACAACACACUGUGUUGCGUGUCCUCUCUCUGUUUUGUUUGUCUUUUCACACUUUUUGUGCUGCCUAUUGUAGAAUAUUUAGCGGUGUGCUGAUACCAAGAUCGGGCCAAUGUUAGAUCCAGGAUUGGGAAAUGUCCUAUCUAGGGUUGGGCCAAAGUCAUGUUCAGGAUCGGGCAAUGUUGGACCCAGGAUCGGGUCAUAUCCAGGAUCAGGUAAUGUCAGAUCCAGGAUUGGGCAAGGUUUGACCCAGAAUUGGGUAAUAUCCGGGACCGGGCAAUGUCAGAUCCGGGAUCGGGUAAUGUCAGAUCCCGGAUUGGGCAAGGUUGGACCCAGAAUUGGGUAAUGUCAGAUCCAGGAUUGGGCAAGGUUGGACCCAGAAUCGGCUAAUAUCCAGGAUCGGGCAAUGUCGAAUCCAGGAUUGGGCAAGGUUGGACCCAGGAUCGGGAAAUGUCCUAUCUAGGAUUGGGCCAAUGUCAUGUUCAGGAUCAGCAAUGUUGGAUCCAGGAUUGGGUAAUAUCCAGGAUUGGGUAAUGUCAGAUCCAGGAUUGGGUAAUGUCAGAUCCAGGAUUGGGCAAGGUUUGACCCAGAAUUGGGUAAUAUCCGGGAUCGGGCAAUGUCGGAUCCGGGAUCGGGCAAUGCUGGAUCCGGGAUGGGGCAAGGUUGGACCCAGAAUCGGCUAAUAUCCAGGAUCGG